AUGGCUUCUCACUCAGCUCCGGUUUCAAUGCCCUUGAAUGGCCCUGCUCUGCUGCAGUGCUUUUUUGGCGACUUUGAUUAUGUCAAAGCUGUGAUGGAGGAAACGUCUGCCAUUUUGGCUGUUGAGCCCAUAAUACAGAAACGAUCUACUGUAUACAUACUAUCACCCGUCUCCGCCUUUCUUUGGCACCGUUUUUUGACGACCAGGGCCUUUUAUGAAGCUACAGACGUUGACAAAACUUUGCAGGAGAAUUUUGGAUCCUCUUAUCGGAGACUCACAGACGGAAAGAGCGUCACUGUCAAGCUAUUAAACAAAGCUAAACUUUCUUUCUUUGCCACCCAUGAGAUAUGUAUAAUUGACAAGAGAGGUGUAUACUUGCCUUUCAUUUCUACCUCAAAUGCAAAGAACACAGUUGUCUGUGGUCCAUUGAAAGGGCGCUGGCAGGUCGAUGAGCUUGACACCCUCAGACGCCGUGGAUGGACUGUCCAUCACUACGCCGCUGGUGAGUUGCUUGAUGUUACUUCAGAUUUGAAGCUGGAGGCGGAACUAUCCCUAGAAAAUGGCCGUUCAUUCCUCGAUGAAUACAGCGCUGUAAUUGAGUACAACGCUGAGGAAGAUGACGCGCUGAUAUCUACGAGCACAAAGCUGAGCGUGAAAGACGACACCGGAAUUGAAGUCGAUUUACUCGGGCUUGAAUUUUAA